GUGACUUAUGUAACAAAUUCAACUAAUCAGAGUUGGUUUAGGAAAACUAAGAAGGUUACCAUGGUUGAAAUCUCAGAAGAUGAUUCUGCUUCUAAUCUUCCAAUUAUACAUGGAGUGGCAUCACAAAUGGGACCUCCCCCUCCACGUCCACCGCGUUCUGGACAAGUGCAUGGACCAUCAGCAGGGACAGGGAGUACCGCUGGCUCAUCUACACCAGCUUCUGAACCUUCACAUGCUUGUGGCGCAGGUGAAACAUUAGAUAAUAAUCCUAAUGCUGGUGUGAAGAGAUCAAAGGUAUGGGAUCACUAUGAUAUUUAUGAAAAUGGUGAGAGAGCGAAAUGUAAAUAUUGCAAAAAGGCUAAUUACAAGAUUGGUAAGAAAAAUUUGGAUGGUAAGAAACAUGGGACUUCUAAUCUCCAACAUCAUUUGGAUAAGUGUCAGAAGUAUAAGAAUGAAAUGAAUGAGGCUAGAGCUGACGGACAACAAACACUUGAAUUCCAGCCUUGCAAGCUUGGAGAGGAACCACAGUUGGUUGGGGUGUCUUUUUCUCAAGAUGCGUGCAGGAGAGCGCUGAUUAGAUUUAUCGUUACCGAUGAAAUGGCUUUUAGAAUUGUUGAAGGUGAAGGAUUUAUAGCUUUUUGUAAGUAUCUUGAGCCUCGAUUUAAGCUUCCAAGUCGUAUGACAAUAUACCGUGAUGUGUGCAAGCUGUUUUUGACAGAGAAGGCUAAUCUGAAAAGUUAUUUCAAAGCAAACAAGAUAAGAGUGUGCCUUACUACUGACACUUGGACGUCAUCGCAGAAUUACAAUUAUAUGGUAGUGACUGCGCAUUUCAUUGAUCAUCAUUGGAAACUACAUAAAAGAAUUAUCUGUUUUUGCUUGAUUGAUAGCCAUGAAGGUACAAAUAUUGGAGAGGCUUUGGCGAAAUGUUUGCUAGACUGGGGACUUGAAAAGGUUUUCACUGUGACGCUUGAUAAUGCGUCUGCAAAUAAAGUUGCUGUUGACUAUUUGAGGAAGAGAGUUCAGAGUUAG